CCAUCUCCGUUAUCCCCUCCACAAGGUGUUGCUUGCGGCGGAGAUCUGGCAGCUUUGGCCUAUAUACAUUCUCUGCGCGCGCAUGACGUCAUCAUGAUGGCGGAUGUGUGACCGCUAGGUGUGCGUCGCACUUCGGUUUACAACGGUCAAAGUCCCGAAGCCGAUCGAUAUUACGCGAUUAUUAAUUAAUUGCCGGUCACGCCGAUUGUAGGGAAAUACGUGCGCGAUGUGGCGCGAAGGACUUUGGUUACGUUUCCUCCUGACGUGUGCAAUCGGCGUCUGCUCGAUUCUCGGCGAUCUCGGACUCAAGCACGGCAAGAGCGAGUCCGAGCGCGCGGUGUUUGACAACAUGACGCACGCGACAGUCGGCGGCCUCACGUGGACGUUGAUCGUCGUCCUGUCGCAAAAGCCGCUCAUUCGCAACAUGAACAGCGUAUUCUCCUGCUUCCUGCUGGCGUCCUUCAUCGACCUGGAUCAUUUUAUCGCGGCCCGAAGUUGGCACAUUCAUGAUGCCACGCAUUUACAGAAGCGGCCUUUCUUGCAUUGUACCACGGUUCCUAUUGUUCUGUGGAUACUCUUCAUUUUCCUAUCCAACACUUUCCACUCUCCUAUAUUGGAACAUACUUCUUGGGUGAUACUGGCUUCCUUCCUAAGUCAUCACAUUCGAGAUGGUACCAGAAGAGGUUUGUGGUUCUGUCCUUUCGGAUCUACCCGUCCUAUUCCCUACUACCUAUACGUGAGUCUUUGUAUGUUCCUUCCUUAUAUAUUAUAUUGGCUCAUGAAUUUGCAUACAUUUGCGCAAAAGAGUAACAACAAUAUUACUUUCAUCGAUAUAUGAGAUUUGUCGAUAUAUGAUAUAUAUGAGAUUUUUGUUUGUGUCCAGAUAGUACAAACAAAAACUUGAUAUUUUUUUGAAACUACAUAUACGGAAAUUAUUUAUUAACUAUUGCUGAAAAUUAGGCGGAAAAAACGUAAAAAAUUGGCUCUC